CAUAAUCUAAUCAUAACACACAAAUCACCAAAAACCAAAAAAGACAAGAAAAUAGAAAAAAUAAAUGACCGGAAGAAAGAAAUGGAUGGGCAUCCAUGCAGCUCUCAUGAUGAUCACGACGAUUCUCCUUGCUGCUACUGUUUCCAUGGCGGAUGGUGAUGCAGUCGUACCAGCCGGAAAAUCCGAACUGGACAAGUGGUUCAACAACAAUGUGAAGCCGUUCAAAGAACAAAAGUCGCUUGACGCUGCCCUUGUCACGGCGGAGGAGGGUGCGAAAGUUGUGAAGGUCAUGCAAGAUGGGGGAGACUACAAGAAAAUCAUGGAGGCCAUUGAUAGCAUUCCGGCCGGGAACACUAAACGUGUGAUUGUAUACAUUGGAGGGGGUACCUACAAUGAGAAAAUAACAAUUCCAAAAAACAAACCAUUUGUCACAUUAGUUGGGGAUUCAAAAAACAUUCCGAAUUUGACAUAUUCCGGCGAUGCCGCCAAAUAUGGGACGGUGAAUAGUGCUACAUUGGCAGUGGAAUCCGACUACUUCACUGCUGCUAACUUAAAUAUCAUAAAUUCCUCGCCAAAACCAGAUGGAAAAAGAGAAGGCGCACAAGCAGUUGCCUUGAGGGUGUCCGGGACCAAGGCCGCAUUGUACAAUUGCAAAAUGUAUGGAUUUCAGGACACCAUUUGUGAUGAUAAAGGCUAUCAUUUCUUCAAGGACUGCUACGUUGAAGGAACUGUAGAUUUCAUCUUCGGAAGUGGAAAAUCUCUCUAUUUGAGCACACAUUUACAUGUUUUAGGGGACACCGGAAUGACUGUGAUAACCGCACAGGCAAGGGACAGUAAAGAGGACACCGGAUACUCAUUUGUUCACUGCAAUAUAACGGGGACCGCCAAGGGCACAUUUUUGGGCAGAGCUUGGAGGGCUAGUCCCCAGGUGGUGUAUGCCUACACCGCCAUGGGAGAAGUUGUCAGUCCAGAAGGAUGGACCGACAAUCGCCACCCCGAAUACGACAACUCUGUGAAUUUUGGAGAGUACAAGUGUAUUGGUCCAGGUUCAAGCAUGAGUAAGAGAGUGAAAUUCACAAAAGAGCUGAGCGAGGCAGAUGCCAAACCUUACAUCAGCCUGAGCUUUAUUGAGGGUUCCAAGUGGUUGCUUCCUCCUCCAAAUCCGAAGGUCUAAAUAGUUGGUGCCAAUAGCCACAACUGCAUGUGUAUAUGAUUUGAAAUACAGUUGUUGGGCCAAUGACCAUUAUCUACAAUUGUUAUUAUUUUUUUCCCAUGCGCAAAAGUGGAGGAAGCGGUCUCCGUGCGGACAGUGAAGUUAGUUCAAAUGGUUGAAAAUACAAAAUUUUGAUAAAUUUUAGUAUAUUUACAUAAUAUGCCACUGCUCCUUUCUGAAUUCA